CUCCUCUCCGAUAUUCGCGUGAGAAACGCGGACGAAUUGCAAGUUGUCGUAGCGUAAAUCAUCGUAGAGAGAUCCUUUAUAAUUUGCCUCCCCAUUGCAUUGUUUAUGUCAUUUUCUUUAUUUAUUUUUUUAUUUUUUUAUCCACCCUACUGACCGAGGAUGCGUCAUCUGGCGGUGCUCCACCAUCAGCAUCACCUCCUCUGGGCGCAGUAUAAUUAAAAAAGCAGUCGGGUGGUUUGGGUGUCAUUACGCAACGAGAAAGCUUUUUGCAGCUUUUUUGCAGGGGGGGGAGGGAAAUGUUGCAUGCUGAUAGUCAAGUCAACACAUGGCCACUUGUGAACGGUGUGCUUUGUGUUCAUGUAAAGCGGUGGCUGUGGAGGCUGCAGGGAGUAGACAUGGGUGCACCGGCACGAUAACCCAGGACAGUGUGUUUCUUUACUGUGUGUCUGCGGCUCUAAUGGUACAUGUUGAGCAUUUCAGUGCAUGCAGUUCAUGUAAAAACUGCACGUAGGCUGUGGAUAGAUAACAGAAAAAGGAAACAGGACAUACUGAGAGAUGAUUAUCGUCUUCGCAGGGCUUAUUAACAUUUCAUAACUGUCUGGUGAGAACCAAAAUGUCAGCUUUUCAUGAGCCGAGAAGGACAGCCCUGUUUGCAGCUGAUCGACGUGCAGUUUUUCAAGUAUUUCAGUGUGUUUAAAUGUAUUCAUCUAAAGGAGGAGGUAUUCGUUCAUGGGACGUCGACUUAAAAUCCUGCAACCUGAACCUCUUCCUCCAGGAGUUUCUCUCCCACCACACAGCGUCUUUCAAGGGUGCAGGGCAGAAGUGUCUGCGCCACAGUACCAGAGUGUUGGACACUCAGGUGCUGAUCAGUCCAUCUCAGGAACAGGUUCAUUCAGAGGUGUCGGCUCUGCUGUCCAGGGAUUCGGCCCAUAAGCUGCUGAUCUUGGCCGGCCAGAGUGUGGAGGACAGUGGAGACCUGCUGUUUCACAGAGGACUGUUCUCACCAGAACACCUGAAACAGAUACUGACAGAGCAGUUCCUAGAUCAAGAGAACUCCUCCUCCAAACUCAGUCUGACUUUGAGUUGUCCCAACAUUGGCCAGUGGAGGAAGACUCUCCUGGGAAACCAGCCUCUGCAGGGUCCUUUCACACUGCACAUCAAUCCCCCAGAGGUGCUGCCUGCCAUGGAGGCCCUGGGGGAAUUCACCUCCCUCAUCUCUGGUACCCUCUCCCCUCCGUCUCCCUUCGAUCUCCUGCCUCCUCCCACCACGGUGGGUUUUCUCAAGCUGUCUCGCCCCUGCUGCUACGUGUUCCCUGCCGGCCGUGGCGACUGUGCCUUUUUUGCUGUCAACGGGUUCACGGUGCUGAUGGACGGCGGCUCGGACUCUCAGGCUUGUUUCUGGAAGCUGGUCCGCCACCUCGACCGAGUUGAUGCAGUUUUGAUAACGCACGUUGGGACAGAGAACCUCCCUGGGGUCAACGUCUUCCUGGAGAGGAAGGUGGCGGAGUUGGAGCUGAGCUCUGAUGUCAAAGAUGACUCCUCUAAGAGGCUUAUCUCCCCAGAGCUUGGAGUUGUGUUCUUUAACGCCCCUAGCAGGUUGCAGCUGGAAGAUCAGCCCUGUGUGGACAGUGUAUUGAAGAGCACACAGCAGGCGGCUCUAACCCUCCACUUGUUAAAGAAGUUAGAAAUCAGACCACAGCCAUUGUUUCGACCACAAGGGAUCCCCAUUGAGCCACUAACCCUGUUCCAGAAGAUGGGAGUGGGGCAGCUGGAUUUAUACAUCCUCAACCCCGGCAAGAACAGUCAGGAGUACCAGACAUUCAUGCAGAACUGGCCCGAUGCUGUGUCAGCAUCCAAAUCCCAAACUCUCCCUCUCACCGCGCUGGCCUCAGUGUGUGCGCUGCUUGUGUGGCACCCAGCGUGUCCCCAGGAGAAGGUGGUCAGGGUGCUGUUCCCCGGUGCCACCCCACAGGCAAAGCUGCUGCAGGGGCUGGAGAAGCUGAAAGGGCUGGCCUUCCUCCAGAAACCUACUGUGACGACCGGGGAUCUGGAGAGGCUCGGAGAGGACAAAACGCCCAAGAGGACGGAGAGCCAGGACAGUGUUAAGUCUCAAGGGAAGGAGUCAAUGCUGAAACACGGAAAAGAUCGGGGAGGUAAAGAGGAGGGGAAAGGAAAACUGUUUAACGGAGUCGCUGCAAGAGAUGCUGAUAAAGCCAGAGUCAAAGAGGCAGGUGUCAAGAACAAAGCAGCAUCUUCAGAGAAAAAUACUUCAAAGAAAGGAGCAGGUAAGGAUGGGAAAAAGGAGGAUAAGCCUGGCAAUAAAGAGGAAAACAGUGUCGCGAGGCAUGAUCAGGGGAAAAGGGAUGUUCUCACUCCAAAACCAAAGAAUGACAAUAAAACUAAACUCAAAAAGGACGCAAAAAAUGACUCCAAAACAGGGGGGAAGAAAACAAAAAAAGGGUCAGGAAAGGAUGCAAAUAAUGGAAAGAAGGUGAAUGUAAAUGCAGAGUUGCCAAAUAAUAACUCAACGAAACCCGAUUCUGGGAAUGUGUUAGGAAUAUCAGAGACAGAGGGACUCGAUGCAGAGCAGCAGAAACAAAAAACAGAGAAAGAGUCUGAAGAGAACCCCUGUGGCUCGAAAAUGUCUACCCCUGAGGACAUGACAGCUGACUUUCUUAAGCUCAGGGAGGAAACUGCGGCACAGGUGGAAACAGCAGAUAAAGGAGAGCAGAGAGGCAGCGAGUCCGGAAAUGAAAAGAGCCUCGGAGACCUGAGCAAAGCGGCUGACACACUCGAGGAAGAAGCCGGAGGUCGUGCGGGAAUAAUGGAAGGAGAGAGUGGUGAUAAUGGAGUGCGGGGCAAGGAGUGGACUGGAGAGAAAGCUCUAGAAGACCAGCCUGGAAAUGCUUGUAAACCAGCAAAGGUUGUAGGAUUCCCAUCCCCCUUGAAUAAGGCACCAACAAAUGAGUGCUCAGUCCAGUUCGACAUAACCCCGACUGAAUACACGCUCCUGGACGGGGCUUUGAGGAGCAGCCCUCCCUCCAGAUCCUCUCCAGAGAACCAGGCACCAGUCAGCCCUGACGAGGAGACGGUAGAGCCAGCAUCCCCUGAUUCACGGCCCAACAGCGCCGGCCACACUCCUUACUGUCUGUCCCCAGAUGAUGUGUGGUGCAACAGAGCCACUCUCAGCAGGUUACAGGCCCAGAUGGGUAACACAGAGUCAGCUGAUGUCAACGAUUCAUCCAAGCAGAGUGAGGGGCAGUUAAACCAGAACAGAACCACUCCAGAGAGCCACUCAAACCCCAGAGAGAAGCACCUGAGUUUCCUUUCUUUGGGUUCAUUUAAAGAAGGCUCUUCAGACCCCUCUCCGUCUCUCACUACCACCACUACUACACACUCAAUGCCGGCAGAGGUGAGCUCGCCUCAGUCCACCGAGGUAGAUGAGUCACUGUCCAUGUCCUUAGAGCAGGGAGCAACCCCUGUGAGCCAGAGAGAUGGGGAUGACAGCGUUCAUCACUCCAGCUCCAAUGGAGGCCAUUUUGUUGGGAUGUCUUUACCAAUGAAGAAGCCUCCGAGAUCUGUAGGGCAGGGUUUUGAGAUGGGCCGGCCUCCGGCUCCUAACACACUUCAUUUUGAGGCGUCAGCUCAUGACGUGGAUCUAUGUCUGGUGUCUCCCUGCGAGUUCAAGCAUUUCAAACCAGCAGACUCCAGCUCAGGUGCGAGCGAGUCCCCCAGAGGAGCUUUUGCUCAACAUCAUCAGGGCAACAACAACAACAACCCCAAAGACACAUCGCCCAGCGAUUCAAACGCCCCCGUCUGCACGGAGGACUGCCCCUCCACCACGGCAGACGGAGUCCUGGACUCAGAUGAGGAUGAGUCAUGUAGUGAACCGUCUAACUCCCCCCAUGACCUCCACACCAGCCAGGCUCUGCCCCAGGACCCUCCUCCUGCCCCUCUCAGGGACAGUCCUCCCCUGCCCCCUCAUCCAGACGCCUCCAUGCCCGUUCCUCAGUCUGAGUCUGAUGCUAAUGGGAAGAGGGCAAAAGCCACUGGCACACGAGGGAAAAAAUCGCCAGCGGUUACUGAGGCCUCCCAAAGAUCAGGCUCAGGGAAAAGCAGGGCAGGGAGUGGAGUCCUGAAGGGGAAUGCCUCGUCUACUCGAACGCCUUCCUCCAGCCCCCGUUCAGCACCAGCAAAAUCCUCACCCAAUCCAGGCUCUAAGUCUACCUCUGCCGGAGAAGUCAGCGUAUACGUUGACCUGGCCUAUAUUCCCUCCGGAGGCUCCUCUUCUAUGGUCAACGUGGACUUCUUCAGAUGUGUUCGCUCGUCUUGUUACAUCGUCAGCGGCGACAGUCCAGAGAGAGAAGAGCUGUUGAGGCAUACGCUAGACGCAUUACUGGAUAGCAAGAUAUCCUGGCCUGAGACUAUGCAGGUGACAGUCAUCCCCACCUUUGAGUCGGUGGCGAUGCAGGAGUGGUACCAGCAGACCCUGGACAGACAGAAGGAGCUGGGCAUCAGCGUGCUGGGCUCUAACAGCACUGUCGCCAUGCAGGAUGAGACCUUUCCCGCCUGCAAGAUAGAGUUUUGAGGCAGACUCUUGGGAUCCAGCGACGGAGGAUGGAUGGUGAUCCUGAGCUGAAGAAUGGAAACGUGUGGGACAGUCGAAGAAAGUUAAAAGGAAAUUUUCUGGCCCUUUUCUGCAUGAACGCAUCUGAGUGGGUAAUGACGGGAUGUUCACCCCAUCCCCUCCUGGUUAAUCUCUUCUUUGUGGGCUCCUUUUGCACCAGAAAGCCCUUAUUUGUCUUGAUCCAAGAGAACACACGUUCCCGUGGGGAGUUUUUGCAUGAAUUUCUGUUACCCAUGACCCUGUGCGAAACAGGAGAGGUGAUCACACUGGCUGCAGGAGAAGCACGUCGGGCUGCAUAUGUGCAUCCACAUGAAAGCUGAUGUUGUAGAUUAGUCAAUGUAGUUUGCAUAUGUGGGGUUAAAAGUGCUAUGUUUGGGCUUGUUUUCUCAAUACAGUCAGCACUGUGGUAUGAUCGCAGGCUGUGCAACGUUUAAAGAGUGAAUUCGCAGCUUUUAAUGCAACAUUUAUCUUUAUGUUAAUUAAUUUGCUUUGAAUUCAGCAAAUUAAACCACUGAAAACACUUGUUGGUUUAUGAAAAGCACUUAGCACAUUUUAUUUCUAUUAUUUACUCAACUUAUAUUUGUCUGACGGGCACAGAAGAUGAUUAAACUGUAAAAAAAAAAGAGAGUGACAUUUUACCUGUAAUGACAUCACAGUGGUGGUCAGGUGCUUGUUGUGAGCGCUGUGUGCAGAUUUGAGGUGAACUGUGUUGUAACUGCUUUACGAAAUAUCGCACCACCGUGACCUGACUCGACGUAUCUGACGCGACUGAUAAUCACCCGCUGGCUCUGAGAUUAAUGGAUCCGCACAGACAAAUCUGUCGGCAGGGAUUAGAGCACCAGAUUAAAAUUGAUGGCAUUACAGCAAUCAUCUCAUUAACUAUCGCAAAUUAAUUGUAAUCCAUUACGAGUGCUUAAAAUCAUACUAAUCAGGAGCCAGACAGCGAAAUAGAUGUUAAAGUGAUGACAUGUACUCUGAUUGUGAAUAUGAUCAUAAGCUUAUUGUGGACUCAUAUUUUGCACAGCGUUAAUUCAUGGUGCAGUCACAGUGGGUGGUAACAGCAGCUUUCCACAUUGUAGUUUGUACAUAUACGAAUUAAUCAGAAAUCAGAUUCUAUUUAUAUUUAGCACAAAGUAAUCUUGAAAAUGAAACUACUGAAUUGCUGUACUAAUAUCAGGAAUGCUUUAGUUUUUUUAAGUCUUCUGGAUUGAUGUACAUCAUUGAGUAACAGUUAAAGGGAAAAACAGUGUCCCUGCUAUUCCAAUUAAUUCCUCGCAUGACAGCAUAGAAUUUGACAUAUAUUAUGGAUAGAUUUACCAAAUAUAAAUGGCUAAUAAAUUGAUAUUUACUUGAAUUUAAAGGUGCACUUUGUAGUUUAGGGGAAGAAAUUUAAAUCAGAAGAGAAAGAGAAAGAUUUUCAUUGGGCCUAAAUGAAUAAACUGACCUUAAAGGACGACACAGUUUCAUAGCGUUUUCCUUUGUUUAUAUGUGGCGGACCCUGCCACCUCUCUAGCUUCCUAGGUGUCCUAGGACUCUCGUUUUCCUCUGAGAACAGAUGGGUAAUUCAGCUAAAUUUAUACAUUUGUAUUAUUACCUCAUUAACAUUGUAAAGAUUAAAAUCUGAGUUUGAAUUUCUUCUCCGAAAUUACAUGGUGUCCCUCUAAAUCGUGGUCCACAGAGCCAACUGCAAACACCUGCUUUGGUUAGAUGCAAGAAGAGCAGAUGUUAUAUUCUGAUGAAAUGUAAAUAAUCAACGACUGAUUACCCCGUUCCUAAAAACAUGAAUGUGACGUACAGUACAGAGUUUCCUCAAUACCAAAGCACGAGACUGCAAAAAGACACCACUGACCGUUUUCUUCUGCUCCGUCUGAAUGCUGCCUCAGAAUACAGAAAAAGAAAUCGUCAUUUUGAUUCUCAGAUCAUCUAAAAUAUAUUUUGUAAUUAUAUAAAUGCACUGUUACACUUUUAUCAUCAGAGAUUAUGUCAUUUUUCAUUUUCUGUUUGUGUCACACGUGUUGUCCAACCUUAAUUCAUCAAUCGUGCCCCCAAAUUCUCCACAAAUGUAUUUUUUCUGCAAAAGGCCACCAGAUUAAAUGAUGAAUCGUGGUGUCGAACCAGAUCUGUAAUCAUGGGUCAACAAUUACUUUCACCCCACAGUAGCUGAAGUGAACCGUAACUAUGUGUAUGUGUCCCGCAUGUAUAAACUAAUGUAUGUAGCCUACUGUAUGUUGUUUCAUUCAUGAUAUUCAUGAAGACAGAGAGCAAAGCACUGUGGGAUAGCGGGAUGGUUGGGUUAAAAGGAAAAAAAACCCUGUCUCUGCUGGGAUCAACGUUGGUAACAUUUCACUUUGUCUGUAAGCGCAUACUGUAACAAAAUGUGUGGGUUGUGGGGCCGGCAGUAAUGUGUGAAAUAAAGAAUGUGCAUCACCAUCCAGA